AUGCCACCUCCGCCCCCCCCCCCGCCGCCAGAGGAGUACAAGAGCCAGAGGCCAGUCUCGAACUCCUCAUCUUUCCUGGGCUCCCUAUUUGGAAGCAAGAGAGGCAAAGGGCCCUUCCAGAUGCCACCACCGCCAACAGUAUUGCCAAGGACCGGGCCCUGCCCCACCACCCUACCUCCCACCCCAGCAACCCCCUCUGCCUCCACCCCCUCAGCAGCCUCCACCCUUGCCCCAGCUGGGCUCCAUUCCACCACCACCUGCCUCAGCCCCACCUGUGGGGCCACAUCGACCCCAGUUCCAGGACCCCAGCAUUAUACCUUGGGCCGGCCAGGGAGAGCCCCAAGACGAGGGGCUGGAGGACACCCUCAGUUUGCUCCACAUGGCCGCCAUCCCUUGCACCAGCCCACAUCCCCAUUACCCCUGUACAGUCCUGCUCCACAGCACCCUCCUGCCCAUAAACAGGGCCCCAAGCACUUCAUCUUCAGUCACCACCCACAGAUGAUGCCAGCAGCAGGUGCAGCUGGGGGCCCUGGCUCCCGGCCACCAGGGGGAUCCUACUCCCACCCUCACCACCCCCAGUCACCACUGUCACCACACUCACCCAUCCCACCUCACCCCUCCUACCCACCCCUGCCCCCACCCUCACCUCACACCCCACAUUCACCCCUACCACCCACCUCCCCCCAUGGCCCACUGCACGCCUCUGGGCCCCCUGGCACGGCUAAUCCACCCAGUGCAAACCCCAAGGCCAAGCCAAGCCGGAUCAGCACUGUGGUCUGAGGAAUGGGAUGAGUGUCCUGGGGAACAGGAUAGUCUGGGGAAAUCCACGGGAGAGGGACUUUGCCCCCUCUCUUCUUCCUCAGUUUUUUCUAAAUAUAUAUACACUCAGCAGUGUCCUUUUUUCCACUUCCUCCACACCUCCAGACCCUUCUUUCAACCCCUGGCAGUUGUCAUGGGGUUUCCUUCUGGAUCGGAGGGCCCUUGCCACUUGCAGCCUGUACUUAGGGCACUACAGUGCUGGGAAGUGGUAAGGGCCUCUCCGCAGUCCUUGUCCUCCGUUUCCUGUCUUCCUCUUCUCUUUCUUGUCCCUGGAGGUCUAGUGGGUGGCCUCAGACCUCUGGGCAAAUGUGAGCUUCCUUGCAAGCUGGUGGAGAAGGCAGGCUUCUGGAGCUGUGGGGGUGAAGGCUUCCCUGGAGCUCCUCUGGCUGUGUGGGGCUAGGAGAGAGCUCUGUAGAGCUGUGGCCAAACCUCAGGGCCUAGCCACACACCUCCAUGUGUCUUUCUGCCUGCUGGAGGACACAGACUUCCGUGCACUCUGUGGGUGGAACCCUGCUUGUGCUGGCCCCUCACUGAGGGCACUGCUUCCUCUCUUGAGCCAGUCUGUGUGUGCCCUCUCUCCUAAUAAGCCCCAGCCCAGACCUCUUUGGCUUCAGGAACUUGCCUUGCCCUCUGCAAUGUUCUUAUCCUGAUCAAAGUCUUUUUUUUUUUUUUUUUUU